AUGUUGCGACGAUUUUCGACAUACAUACCCGGCACUAAUCGAAUGCCGCUCGGGGUGAUGUCCAAACGAUACACAGCAAAUGAUACAACCGCAGCAGCAGCAGCAGCAUCUCGCGUCUCUUCCUCAUCAAACACUAGCAAUCAGCAACACAUACCUGAAUUUCCUUUUUUUUUAUAUUUUAUAUCUUUUGACAUAGUCGUUUAUUCCACUGGAAUUGAUGAUACCAUUUCUGUUGCUUUCAGAUUAAUUUAUCCUGAUUUUAUUCCAACACCCAUAUGGGGUAGAAGAAAUGCGCUAAGAGAAGAACUGGAGCGAAUGGAUAUGCUGGAAAGGCGAAUGCAUCUUGACAUUCCUGAAUUCUAUGUCGGCUCCAUAGUUGCUGUGACAUGCUCUGAUGCGAAUAUGGGUAAUCGUCAGAAUAGAUUCCUCGGCAUUUGUAUAAAUCGAAGUCGUUCUGGACUCAGUCAUCGAUUCACGUUGAGAAACGUUGUCGAUGGACUUGGUGUUGAAGUAAUGUAUGAAUUAUACAAUCCAACAAUUCUCAAAAUUGAAACCAUCAAAUUGGAGAGGCGUUUGGAUGACGAUCUCACUUAUUUAAUGGAUGCACUUCCUGAGUAUAGCACUUUUGAUUUCAAUUUGGAACCUGUUGCGCAUCCCGCUGGUGCACCAGUUCCUGUUAAUCCUCUCAAGGUGAAAAUGAGACCGCCACCAUGGACGAAGAGAUGGGAAUUGUACGAGUUUGGGCGUUGUGAGAAAGUAUUAUUGAAUGUUAUUCAUGCGUUUGAAAAUUGGCAUUUUCAGGUGAAUGAUCUGCGAAAGUAUGAUCUGAUCGCAGAUCAUCGUGAGGUAGGUAGUGAUUUAGAAACUGAAAUGAAAAUAGAGCAGGAGAUGCAUCAGUUCGAAAGCAACAAGCAUCGGCUGGGUGCUACCAAACGACGAAUCCUGCGCUCAGCCGCCAAUACUAUAGUGCGUCGUUGA